AUGGGAGGUGGGAGUGGAUUGGCAUCUGAAAAGAACACUGACGACAGGCGGAGCACCAGUGUGGACCCCACCGACAACCUCCCAACAACCAAACUCGUCCUGUCUCCCACACGGUGCACUCACUGGAGCAACUCGACACGCUUCCUAGAUCCCCUCGCUCUACAGAAGCCGGCCUCGACACUUCCCCGUCGACGGUCGCCACUCGGGGGCGCCCUCGUCUCGCGCGUGCGCGCACCGUCCAAAAGCAUCACCCAAGCUGGACGUGUCCCUCGAGUGACCGUCUACGCGACCACCGCGUCCGCCAUGGUAUAA